AGUCAUUAAAAAUCUGAAAUAAACAUAAGUGACACUUGAAUGAACGUUUCAACAGUUUAUAUGUUUUAGGAUACGUAAGGAGGUUAUAUAAAUUAGGAUGCCUGCUGGUAAACGAGCUGUACAGCAUUCUGUGAGGUUAGAAGAGCUGAAAAAGUUUAAAGAAAUAUUUGAUGAAAAUGAAUACUUAUUACCAGAGUCAAAUGCAAUUUGGACUCAAGUUAGUGAAAAACUUGACGUUAAAAGAAGGAACAUAUAUGAAUAUGUUCAUCAAGACAGACAAAAUGUUACAACGAACCUACUAAAGUAUUUUCGUGAUAACGAGAAUGCAAAAAAUGCAACAAAUUGCAAUGAAAGAGAAGAAAAUGAGCAGAAUGAUAUAAAUUAUAAUCUAAAAAAUAAUGAUCAGAAAUAUAGAUUGAAGCAAUGUAACAAAGACAGCUAUAAUAACGAAAGCUCUGAAGAUCAAAGCUGUGAAGAAGAAAGCUCUGAAGAUCAAAACAGCUGUGAAGAUGAAAGCUCUGAAGACCAAAUCAGCUGUGAAGAAAAAAGCUCUGAAAAAAAGUGUAGAAAAAACUGAUCAAAAAUACUUCAAUGUAUUAGA